AUGAAGCCUGAAGCAGUUGAGAAUGAAAAUACACAGCAGACAGCAUCUCAAGCCCCUCACGAUGAUGCACCUGUUCUUCGAGCAGCAAGUGAUGAUCUUUCGGUCUGGCAGAGUGUAGGCCGUUUCAGAAAGGUUGGACUCAUUGCCAUGGCAGCCGCGUUCGCCGCAUCGCUCGAUGGAUAUCAGAUCAACCUCAAUGGCGGUAUUGUAUCCAACAAAGGAUUCAUCCAGCAGAUGGCCGCACCUGGCACCACCAUCAUCCCUGGGCCAUAUGUCUCGGCUUGGGGUGGCAUUCAAUCCACAGGCCAAACAGUCGGUCAAAUUCUACUUCCAUAUGCCACCGAUAGGCUUGGCCGUAAGGCAGCACUUUGGAUUAUCUGGGUUAUCCUCCUUGCUAGCAUCUUUGCCGAGACUUUUGCUAGCCAUUGGGAUCACUGGUUGGUGGCUAAGCUCUUGUCUGGUAUGGGAGUUGGUAUGCUUCAGUCAACCAUGCCUCUAUAUCUGUCGGAGAUUUCCCCAACUCAGCUGAAGGGAUUCUUCAUCAACGCUUACAGCUUCUGGUUCGUGGUUGGCCAGCUCUUCGCCUCUGUAGCCCUCAACAGACUCGCGGCUGUGGACCCUUACGACUUCAAGGUCCCCAUUUACACCCAGUGGGCUAUGAUCGGAGGCAUUGCGAUCGUUUUCGUAUUUCUACCCGAGUCGCCUUGGUGGCUGGCAGGCAAAGGCAAGCUGGACAAAGCUGCCCAGGUGCUCCAUUUCUGCAACGGCAACGUAGAGGGAUACGACGUCGAAGAACAGAUUGAGGUCAUGACGGCGACCAUUGCAGUCGAACGACAAGCAGCGGAGGCAAGCAAAGAGAUAGGCGCAUUUGCAGUAUUCCAAGGUCGCAACCUCAUCCGCUUCCUCAUCGCCGGUUGGCCGAAAGUUACGCAGCAGUUCGUAGGUCUGGCAGUGUUCAAUACCUAUGCAACCUACUUCUUUCAGGCAGCUGGGAACCAGAAUCCCUUCCUGGUCACAGUAAUCCUCUCCUGCGUGCAGCUUAUAUCCAUGGUACUCACCGCGACGACGACUGAUCGAUUUGGACGGCGUCCAUUGACCGUUUAUCCAUAUGCCGUCACGGUCGUCUCUGUUCUGUGCCUGGGGAUCAUUGGCUGCUUCGAUUAUACGAAGCAGGCCACCAGCUCCCUACUGGUCUUCUUUGCAUGCUUGGCCACGUUUUCGACUACGGGUGCCUCUGCCAUUGGCUACGCCUACUCUGCUGAGAUCCCCCAGCAGAGACUGCGUGCGCAAACAGCAGGAUGGGCGCUGGCAGGCUCGAACCUGAUUGCUAUCAUGUUUAGCUUUUGCACUCCUCUAAUGAUUAAUGGAGUUGUAUCUGGCACGGCCAAAGCGUCAGCCUGGGGUGUGAAGACUGGCUUCUUCUUCGCUGGAACAGGUACACUAGCAGUCAUCGUGGCCUGGUUCAUCCUUCCCGAAGUAACACGACGGACCCCAGCUGAAAUCGAUGAGCUGUUCGAAAAGAAGGUUAAUCUCCGCAAGUUCGACAAAUACGUUACCGAGGUUCAGGUCCACGCGAACGAUAUGCAUAAUGAGAAAGGGGUGGCUUAA